AUGUCACCAUUCCUUUCCUUUGUGUCAUCUUUCCUUUCCUUUGUGUCAUCUUUCCUUGUUCUUGGCAUUAAGUCUAACCAUUUUAGACAUAGUUCUUCCUCUGCUGAUGAAGAGAAAGCAGCAAAUCGCCGCCAGUUCAACACUGCUAACAAGCGUCUUCGUCGUCAAGAGCAUCUUGCUGAAGAUCGAGAAAAGGCAGUCGAAGAGUACAAAGCCCGGAAUGAAAAAGACCCCACGGAUCUUCUACGACCUGAGUAUAUGUCAGAGCAAGCAUCAGAGGUUGAUACAGAUGACGAGGAAAAGAGGAAAGAUAGGCAGAAGGUGCUAUACCAAGCGGCCAAACUAACCGAGCGUGAAGUUCAAGCAGGUAUUCCUGUAUGGGAAAUCAUCAGACCGGCGUGGCGAGCAGAUGAGGUGACGAAAAUCUUGGAGGAGCUAGAUUCAAUUAGGGACGAACAACGCAAAGAGUCCAAACGCAAAACGGCACUCACCAGACGUGUCAAUCUUGGUUCCGAGUUGAAAUCAGAGCCUGUGACAGAAAUAGCCAUUUCACUUGCCGGUGAAGGAGCUCUGGAUGCAUUCACUACCUCUGGUGGGUGUUGGAUUAUCGACUCGUCAUUUCUCUUUGUCUUUUCGUCUUAUCUCAAUUCCUACUAUGCGCGCGACUCUUAA